AUGGGUGGUUCUUGCAAUGAAGCAAGUUUUGAUGAACUAAGAAGAGGGCCAUGGACACUUGAGGAAGAUGAUCUUCUUAUCCAUUAUAUUACUUGUCACGGCGAAGGUCGUUGGAACUCGCUCGCAAAAUCUUCAGGAUUGAGAAGAACAGGGAAAAGUUGCAGACUAAGAUGGUUGAAUUACUUGAAACCAGAUAUUAAGCGUGGAAAUCUUACGCCACAAGAACAACUCUUAAUCCUUGAACUGCAUUCCAAGUGGGGUAACAGAUGGUCGAAAAUUGCACACCAAUUGCCUGGAAGAACAGACAACGAGAUAAAGAAUUAUUGGAGAACAAGGGUACAGAAACAAGCACGCUACCUUAAGAUCGACUCCAAUAGCAAGAGGUUUGUGGAAACACUUAGACGAUUUUGGAUGCCAAGAUUACUUGAAAAAGUUGAACAAAACUCAUCAUCAACAUCAUCAUCAUCAUCAACAUCAACAUCAUCUACAUCAACCCCGGAAGUCGAUCAAAACAACUUGAGCUCUAUAUUGCAAGCCGAACAAACCCUAAUUAUGGCAUCAUCAUCGCCACAACCAACCAAAAUGGAAAACCCUGCUUCAAGCUCAAGCCUUUGUUCAUCAGAUUCCAUGGCAAUGGUUUUUCCUGAAAAUUCAAACCUCCAAAUAAACCCUAAUGGAGACAGUGCCACCUGCUACAUAUCAUCAAUCCAGAACAAUGACUGUAAUUACCAUGUGGGUAUCAAUAAUUUUGACAUGGACUUAACCCCUUUGGACAUGCACGCAGUGGGACCAGCUGGUGACAUGACAGUCCCAGAGUUCCAGGUGGCAGAAGCAGAUUGGAUGAAAGAUGAUGACUUGGCAAGCACAUUUUGGAGCAUGGAUGAAUUAUGGCACUUUAGGAAUUGAAGUAGGCAGAAUGUUCCUAAUGGUCGUUGGCCUUGAUAUUAUAUAUAACUAUAAAAUCCAUAAAAAAGACGAAAUUUGCUA